AUGGAGUAUCUUGGAACCACCCAGAAUGCCAGUUACUGUGGCCCCAGGAAAACCUGCAGCUUCAAUGAGCCUCUGGGUGUGCAGCUCCCGGUGAUGCAGGAAUGUUGCCAGCCCUACUACCUGCCGGGGUACCGCUACCUCAACACAUGGAGACCCAGCCUCUUCCACAAGAUCUCCACCGCCCAGAUCUGCCCGGAGGAGGGGGCCACAUGCCAGGGCAUCCAGAAGCCGCCCACCAUCCUGCCCUCCCUCCGCGCAGGGCUCUUCUGUCGCUAUAGCCCCCAUGACUGGGACAGGUCCCAGGAGAUGCAGAUGCGCGGGGCAGAGGCCUCUCGGCUGUGGGCAGGCCGGCUGAUCGGCGACUCCAGGCGGCUCGUGCAUGACAAGGACCAGCUGACGAGGCAGAUGCAGGAGGGGACCUGCCGGAACCUGGGCCAGAGGCUGUCGGACAUUGGUUUCUGGAAGUCUGAGCUGACCUACGAGCUGGAGAGGCUUCUGAACGAGAACCGAGGCCUGGACGCCUUCAAGAAGCGGCUGGAGUGUGCAGCGGACGAGGUGAACUGCCCGUUGCAGGUGGCACUGGAGUGUCUGUACCAUCGAGAGAAAAGGAUCGGGAUCGAUUUGGUCCACGACAAUGUGGAGAAAAACCUUAUCCGGGAGGUGGAUUUGCUGAAAUGCUGCCAAGAACAGAUGAGAAAACUUGCUCAAAGAAUUGAAAUCCAGCUGCGGGAUAACCGAGAUGCUCAGCAUGCUCUGGAGAGGGACCUUGAGGACAAAAACUCAGCCCAGUUUAUUGAUGAAAAGUGUUUUAACCUGAGGAACACAUCUGACUGCAUCAGCUUCUUCCAUGGUAUGGAGAAGAUCGAUGGCACGAUUUCCGUGCCUGAGACCUGGGCCAAGUUCAGUAAUGACAACAUCAAGCACUCGCAGAACAUGCGGGCCAACUCCAUCCGGCUGCAAGAGGAGGCCAAGAACCUCUUUGAGAACCUGUCGGAUCAGAUGUGGAAACAGUUCACCAACACCAACCUGGCUUUCAGUGCCCGCAUCUCCGAGGUGACCGACGUGAAGAAUAAGCUGCAGAUGCAGCUCGCUAAGACGCUGCAUGAGAUCUUUCAGGCAGAGAACACCAUCGUGCUGCUGGAGAGGUCCAUCAUGGCCAAGGAGUGCCCACUGAAGGUGGCACAGACGCGGCUGGAGUGCAGGUCCCGGCGCCCCAACGUGGAGAUGUGCAGGGACAUCCCACAGUUCAAGCUUGUGAACGAGGUGUUCACCAUCGAUGACACGCUGCAGACCCUCAGGAUGAGGCUGCGGGAGACGCAGGACACGCUGCAGCUGCUGGUCAUGACCAAGUGCCGGCUGGAGCAUGAGCUGGCCAUCAAGGCCAACACCCUCUGCAUCGACAAGGACAAGUGCAUGUGCAUGCGCAGGACCUUCCCCAGCACCCCGCGCCUCGUGGGCUACUCGUGA